AUCACAGAAAACCCACUUGCAGCUACGGAGUCUAUACUACUGAAGCGCGUUCUCGGCGGGCGUUCCGUUGUUUUAGGUUCCGAUGAGACACUACAGUUACUGUGAAGUCAUAGCACGACGGUGCCGAACUGCAGUCGUGUGAAGUCCGUCGUUCAGUAAAAAUGAUGAAUGUGCUAUUGUGCUUGUCGUAAUCCGUGUGAUUUUUUUAGAUUUAGAAUGAACAUGAAAUGACGUCGUCAGAAUAUAAUCCGUCAGGGCUCCUUCCCGCGGGAUCCGCGCUGGUAUCGAAAACGGGGCGCACUCUUUACGCAACGCAGGACGUGGUCCUGGUGAUCGUAGUUCACGAGGCCACCUCCCGGUAUCUCGUUAUCGAAGAGACCUGGGACCGGGGUUGGCACGUACCGACCGGCACCGUGGACUAUGCAAAUGACUUUUCUCUGCACAAAGCCGGGCUCAAUCCCGCCGGGUUUCUGCUCUCGGACGCAAUGCACGUAGAAAGAUUUUUUUCUUCCGUCCGAGAGCAGCGGCCCGGGCGCGGCUUGACAGCCCCGGUUUGACCAAUCCUUUUCCUUGGAGACGAGACGCGGCGAAUCCCUGGAGGAAGCCGCACUGCGCGAGACGCGGGAGGAGACCCACGUCGAUGUGAAGCUCAUCGGGGUGCUGGAGUUCGAGCGAACCCGCUUCGGGGAGAGCACCACCCGCAACCGCAUCACUUUUCUCGCGCACCCACUCGUCGAUCCCACGGAUCCGUGCGCACCGACCAAGACCGCAGCGGACGAGCACAGCCUCCAGGCGCGGUGGGUGACCAUCAACGAGUAUCUGCAUUUGCCGAAGCACCGGGCCCGCAAUUGCUUGUUGCACUGGCACCGCCACCUCCGCGACAACAAGCUGAUUGUACCGCUGUGGUAUUUCCCGGAUGUGGUGGAGGCGCCGAGCGGCGGUCCGGAGUUCCGGCUACUGCAACCGGCGUCUUCUCCCGCGUCCCAAGGAGCGGGCCUUUCGUCCACCGCCGGGACGGCAGAUCCUAACAUCAAAGGUGCAGGAGCGGCCCGCAGCGACGCGGUCACGGUGGCUACCAACUAUGAUCUCGUCGCGGCGAACUUUGUUCCCCAGCCGCGGCGGGGAAAGAACCAGAAGUGGUCCACCGGUGUUGGCAAAGACGGACCGCAUGACAAGGGCACCAGAUCGACGCCCGCAACUUCCGGCAGCGACGUUAAUAAUAAGGGUGGACCGAACAAGAAGCUCUCGAAGCAGGCUUCCAAAGGUGGCUCCCGCGCGGAAGCUGGCGAGGAAGGGGCGCUGUCCUUUCGGGAGAUCAACAAUUUGAUAGUUAGCGGCGUGGUAAAAUCGGCCGCGGCAUUCUGCGGCGGGAGGUUUCAAGUGGUGGUGGACGCAGCGGGCGGAAAGGGCGGAGGCCUACCGAAGUACUUGCCGUUCCUGCGCAAUGCGGGCAAGCUUUUGUUCGUGGAUAUCAGCCCGGUGUCGGUCGGCGAGGCGCAGACGCGUUUUCUCUCGAUGACAACCCGGCCUACGAAGGGUGGGAGCGCGGGGACCGGCUGUCCCGUGGACACAGACCUAUCCACGAAGAAAAAAGGUGGUCGGACCAUGGUUGGUCGUGUGUGUGGCAACAUUGGCCUAAAAUCGUGACGUUGCACUGUAAUGUUCCAGAGACGUAUAACUAUCAUCGCGCUCUGACCUAGCGGGUUUUCGUGCGGUUUGUGUGUUUUUUGCUUUACAAAAACAAAAGACAAAUUAGAUUUGGAAUUUGAAGAAAUUCACAGAGACAGCUCUGACACCUUUUUUCUUUCGACUUUUCUUUCGCGUGGAAGAUUGCUUUUUCGACCUUACCUACUGGGAGCGUCUGGCGCCGAACUCAGUGUGCUACGUUAACUGCCAGUUUGCGCUGCACUACGCCUGCCGCAGCGUUCCGCAUCUCACGGCUCUGUUUCGUGCGAUCGGGCGCGUUCUGCGCCCCGGCGGGCUGUUUUGCGGCACCAUUCCCUGCGCGACGGCAAUUGCGGACGCGAUGCAAAAGCAAAUCGCAGGCGUUUCGCAGCCGUUCAAGAUAACCGAGUUGCGGACUACUACGGACUCGGCCGCGCCCCAAACCGGUUCGUACUACUUCCACCUUCCGGGCCACGUGGAUCCGCCCACGAAGGAGUUUUUGAUUCCGGAGUGGCUGUUGCGCGCCGCGUCGAAAGACGCCGGUUUGAUUCCGGAGCCGUCGCUGCAUUACCGGACUUUUAAGGAGCUGUACCGGCCCAGCGGUGCGGAUCCGGUAUCGUCCCUGUACCGGGUCUUUGCCUUCCGAAAACCGGCACCCAGUGGUAGCAUCUCCGGGAAGAAGACUGGCAAUCCCGCACACCACGCGGCGAGCAGUUUGGCGAACACGGAUGAAACAGCGAAAGCAAAGUCGAAUGUCGGAGAAGAAAAGCGGGCAUCGCAGGCGCUUGGGCCGGCACUGGUUUCCGGAAGAACCGCCGACCAGCCGGCGAGCAGUGUGCCGAAAGUCGCCUUGUAUACGGGAGCAUUCGAUCCCCCGCACGUAAACCACAUUCACAUAGUUAGGCACCUGCUGACAGUAGAGGGAUACUGGCAAGUACUCGUCUGUAUCAACGGGGAGAACGACUUCAAGCCUUUUGUCACGCCGUCCGAGCAUCGCGAAAGAAUGGUAGAGGCCGCAUUGCAAGAGACGGGACUGAUCAAGACAGGCAGAGUAGUUACGAAUCAAGAGACGCGGACGGCGAAAGAGGCGGGGAGCUACUGUUCUUCUUGCAUGCAUGACUGGCCGCGUUUAUGCCUUCGCACGCACAACUAUUGUUCCAUCCACUGCGCCCCUGCGCUCUCUCUUCAGUGUAAGCAGGGAACGAAGUGAACCACGUGGACUUUCGCAUAUCGAAAGCAGCAAGUAGUCGUGCGUAGAUCAUCAUCAGCUAAGAGAGUGAGAUGCAAGUUCCACAGAUCUGCGCGCGUUGACGAGAACGGCUAAGCCUUUGUAUCGCCCUUCUUUCUGGUGCAUAGCGGCCGUUCUGCGGAACGAUCACGGCGGUUGGGCCGGGAGAAAAAGAAUUUGCGAUGACGUGUACAUCAGAUUUGUGGAGCAGCAGCGGUUAGCGCCCGAAAUCCACCUGGUUCUAGGCCAAGACUCGUUUGAGAAAGCUUGGAAGCGUGCAGCGCCGGCGGUGAAGGAUUUUCUGCAGUGCACCUGGAAUAUUCUGGUGUUGCCGCGCGACGGAAUUACGCAGGAAAAAUUCGAGAUCCCAUACGAAGCCUCCCAAGUAAGCCACAGAAGCUUCCAAAGUAAGCGCCUGGAAACGGCGCAAGACGCCGGAUACCCGGGAUGCAUUGCAGUCGCGCGGGACUAUCAAGACCUUCUGACUUGUUCUUCUUCCGCAGUCCGCGAGCUACUACUACAACGCGACAGCACCGGGGGCCUGGAAAGCAAAGCGAGCUCAUCUUCCAGUCGUGCAGGGCCAAUGCCGGCAAACACGACACUCGCGCAGUACUUGUCCUCCGCAGUGAGAGCGUACAUCCAGCGAAAUCGCCUCUAUGGCUUCGCGGCUGAAGAGGAUCCAGAACCAGGCGCGGAUAGGCAGGACGUCGACAAUAUCGUCCAAAGUACAGAAGUAGACCCGGUGGACGGUAGUUCUCCCACUGGAGCAUCCGGGCAGGCCGAGACCGCGUCCCUGGUAUCGGCGGGGCAGUUUUUUCGACGCCGGAAAGAAGUAGUGGACGAAACGGCGGCCGACCAGAACAUGCGGCUCAUCCGGGGAGUUCUGUUUUGCGGGCCCUCGGGCUGCGGGAAGAGUACGCUGAUUCGGAUGCUGAUUCGCGCGAGCGCGGAGGGAACGAUGACGCAUCUGGACUACCAGAUCAACGGCACCACCUCCAGUUACGAGAACUUAGUGUCGGAUCAAGCGCGGGAAGCGGGACACCUGGCGUGCAUUGAGGGCGUGCUGAUUGAAAAGAUCCCGGAUUUGGAUAUAACCCGCUCAUGUGUUACAAACUCAAACGUUGCAAUAGAGUCUAGAGUUUGUGUUGCAAAAUGCGGAACAUCUGGCCUACUCCCACAUGAGCGCGCAUGACAAGUUUCGGAGCUCCAAACCGCAUGGGAAUCUGCCGAAAUUUGUAUUGCGAAAAGCCCAAGUCUCUGUUUGGUACUCAUGCUAUUCAUGCAACACAAAUUUCAGAUUCUAUUGUCACGUUUGAGAUUGUAACAUUUGAGCAAGCCAUAUUGGAACGUAGUUGCGGGAUCUUUGUCGAAGCGAUCGUUGAUCUGCACUGCGGGAAGAAACAGUGCCUGGAGCGCGGCGGAGACAACACGGCCAUCAACAAGUACAUGAAAAACACGGCGAUACGGAAGCAACAACUCUGCAGCUUCCGGACUUCUAGUCCACGCCGGCACGUGGUGCAGGUUGACACGCAGGACCGGUCUCCGCUGGAAGUACUGGAGCUCUGUAUACGGUUCCUGCGCCCCCGCGUUUUGUAG